AUGCACUGCUGGAAAACCAUGGCCAUCUUCUUGCUCUGCUCACUGCUGCUCAGCCAGACACACUGUGCUUCCCUGCCCCAAGCUCAGCUGACCAGACAGAGGAGGAUGACACCCUUCUGGAGAGGAGUCUCCCUGAGACCCAUCGGAGCCUCCUGCAGGGACAACAGCGAGUGCAUCACGAUGCUCUGCAGGAAGAACCACUGCUUCCUCAGAACAGCCUCAGAGUGA